AUGUGUUUCAUUAGUAGUUUUAUCAUUAUACUAUACAUAUUCUAUCGUUUAUAUCAACAUUUUUUUCCAACACCAAAUAUCAAUCCUAAUGGUAAAUAUGUUCUUAUAAGUGGUUGUGAUAGUGGAUUUGGUCAUGGAUUAGCUAUUGAACUUGAUAAACAAGGUUUUAAUGUUCUUGCUGGUGUCUUCGUAUCUGAUAAUGUAAUUUCUCUUAAAGAAAAACUUUCAUCAAGAGCUACUGUCUUUCGUCUUGAUAUUACUAAACAAGAAGAUAUUGAUGUUGCAUUUGAAUUAGUCAACGAGAAAACAAAAGUUCUUCAUGCACUUGUGAAUAAUGCUGGUAUCGGCAUAGGUGGUUAUAUCGAUUGGACAAAAUUAGAAUUUAUGCAUAAAAUAAUGAAUGUAAAUUUUUUUGGACAUGUUGCAAUGACAAAAAAAUUUUUACCAUUGUUAAUAGUUAAAGGUGAUUCUCGUAUAGUCAAUAUUUCGUCAGUAAUGGGUUUAAUAAGUCCACCAGGCAUGUCAGCAUAUUGUGCUUCAAAAUAUGCUAUGGAAUCGUUUUCUGAUUGUCUUCGUCGUGAAAUGUCUCCAUGGAAUUUACGAGUUUCUAUCAUUGAACCAGGUUGGUUACGAACACCAAUUAUUGAAGGACAAGAACGUGCUGUACGAGAUUUAUGGAAUGGAUUAUCAGCAAAUGUUCGUAAUAGAUGGGGUGAUGAUUUUUUCAAUGAUUUAGUUGAAAAAUCAAUAAUAAAAAGUCCGUUUAUUAAUAAUGCUGAAAAUCCGAUUAAAGUAGUACGAGCACUUCAACAUGCUGUUAUGAAUACUAAACCUCAUAUUCGAUAUCAUCCAGAUUGGCAAGCUAAACUUUUCUUUUAUCCAAUUUCUAUGCUGCCUGCUUGGUUAGUUGAUUUUCUUAUGUUGAAAUUAGUUAGUACAUCUAUUCUUCCUGCUGGUGUUAACAAACAGAACCAAGAUUAG